AUGGAUAUCAUCAGCUACAUCAUCUGCGCGACUCGACGUCUCUGCACUCACAUCUACAAACUCAUCACAAAGGACAUCAAACCACGCCUGCUUCUAAUCUUCCCGAAUUACGUCUCCACAUCUACGAGUACGUCUUCGAAGACCUCGACUUCACUUCGCAGAAAACCUUCCUCCGAGGCCAGUGUGGGAAAGGUUCACAGAGUGUACCAGUUGGUCGAGCAAGAGGAUGUCUUCAUCCAGACUAGGGACAGCUGGUUCGCGAAACGACAGCAGUGGGACCGAGUUUACAAGGCGACGGUGGACGCACGCAAGCUGCGUCGCGUCACUCAAGCGGAGCUGAACUGGAUCAAGAAGACCGAGUGCCGUCUUUAUGGGGCACAUCAAGCUGCGAAAGGCCCUGUCAAAGCCUUGUCUCGAGAGAGCUAUGUGGAUGUGGUUGCCAAGGGUCGUGCUGAGCAGCGUGGAGUAAAGAAGGGAAGGCGCUGA